UGUUCAGUCCGAGGGAAAAAACCCUAAACCAGAAAUAAUAUGAUCUACACUACUAGAGAGUAGAGAGUUAGAGAGUUAGAGACCAAAGAGCGGGAAGAAAAGCAAUGGAGAGAUGGGUUUGAAAAAGGUGUGUGCCCUCCUCUCCAAGAGAUGGGGCGAACUCAACGGUCUGUCUGUAAUUACUUCCAAUUUCCCUUCUUUCCUCUCUCCAACAUUCAAGCCACCACCUGUAACUCAAACCUCAAAAUUUACUUUUGAUUUUCCUAAAUUUGGCAAUUGGCAUGCAUCAACUUUGCACAAUUGCACCCAAAUCAUGCCUCAUCCCAAAUAUAGACAAAUUAUUUUUCAGGGGAAUUCUGGGAAAUUCACCAUUUUCCCAAUUCUUUUUCUGCUUCAUCCAUGGUGUUCAUGCUUUGAUUUGUAUGUCUGCUUUUGAUCCCAUCUGUCCUUUUUGGGAAUUGGGUUUCAGAAAUGUCCCCCAAUUUCAUUGGAUUAUGGUUGUUUUCUCUUGGGAUCCUAACGUUAGUGCACUCCAAAACUGAUUCUAAGGAUGUUGCUGCCCUAAAUGUAAUGUACACAAGCUUGAAUUCUCCCAAAAAGUUGAAGGAUUGGGAAGCAAGUGGUGGUGAUCCUUGUGCUGAUGGAUGGACAGGCAUUGAAUGUUCUGGAUCUUCUGUCACUGAAAUAAAUUUAUCUGGGUUAGGACUGUCAGGAUCUCUGGGUUAUCAAUUAUCAAACCUUGCAUCAGUCACCAACUUCGAUGUGAGCAACAACAAACUCAGCGGUGACAUACCUUAUCAACUUCCUCCCAAUGUAAAUCACCUUGAUCUGUCCAAUAAUGGAUUUACCGGUACUGUUCCUUAUUCUAUUUCACUAAUGAAAAGCCUAAAGGACCUUGAUCUAAGUCAUAAUCAGUUGAAUGGCCAGCUAACUGACAUGUUUAGUUCACUUUCAAAUCUUGGUCUCCUGGAUCUUUCGUACAACAAACUAUCUGGAAGCUUGCCUCAGAGUUUUGGAUCGCUUUCAAGCCUCUCUUCUCUGUUUCUUCAGGACAAUCAACUUAAUGGCCAGAUAAAUGUGCUUGCCAAAUUAAAACUUAAUGAGCUCAAUUUAGCGAACAACAAAUUCAGUGGGUGGAUUCCUAAUGAGUUGACAAAACUGAAAAAAAUCGACAUUGAAGGAAAUUCUUGGUCUUCUGGGCAACCUCCCCCUGGAAUGACUUCAAGUGGCAAUAUUAAGUCUACCCAUAUGGAAAAAGGUGGGAUGAGCGGGAUAAUGAUUGCUGUGAUUAUUAUGGGCAUUUUGGUGGUUAUUGCAAUUGUGCUUGCAAUACUUUCAAGAACACGAUCUUCUUUCUCCUCAAGUUUGUUUGAAGAACAUGAUGAUCAAAGUGAUCGUAAGUCACUUAAUUACUUUGGGUCCAAUAGAUACACAACUGACCCGGGGACAGAUAAAGGCUUCAAAGACCAUGAAGUAAAGGCUUUACAAUCUUCUGGUCCAAUUAGUCUUAAACCUUCACUAUCAAACCGCAUGAAGUCGUUUAGAAAUAAGGAGCCUGGGAGUAAUGCAGCUUCUCAAAGAAAGGUGUCGUUUGAAAUUACCCUUUAUACAUUGGCAGAGUUGCAGACUGCUACUAGCAACUUCGCUAUGAGUCGACUACUUGGAGAAGGAUCUAUUGGACGUGUUUAUAAAGCCAAACGUCCAGAUGGCAAGGUAAUAGUUGUGAAAAAAAUUAGUUCUUCGUUCUUUCAAGAUGGCAAAGGUGAAAAGUUCUCUGAUGUUGUUUCAAGUCUGUCCAAGAUUUACCAUCCAAACGUUGUUGAGCUUUCUGGACAUUGCUCAGAGCAGAGGCAUAACAUGCUGGUGUAUGAUUUUUUUCGAAAUGGUUCAAUUCAUGGGUAUCUUCACUUGUCUGAUGAAUUCAGCAGACCGCUUACUUGGAAUACUAGGGUGAAGAUUGCUUUAGGAACUGCACAAGCAGUUGAGUACCUGCAUGAAACCUGUUCCCUGGUUCACAGGAGUAUCAAGUCGUCCAACAUUUUACUUGAUAUGGAGUUGAAUCCUCGUUUAACAGAGUGUGGUUUGGCAUCUUUUUAUCAGGAAGCAGGUGGAAACCAAGGAGGUGGGUGGUUUGCUCCAGAAUGCACAAAUGCUGCAUCUUAUACAUUUAAGAGCGAUGUUUAUAGCUUUGGAGUUGUCAUGCUUGAGUUACUGACUGGUCGAAUGCCUUUUGAUAGUACGAAACCAAAAUCAGAGCAGUAUCUUGUACAAUGGGCUUUAUCACAGCUCCAUGAUAUUGAUGCUCUUGAUAGAAUGGUUGAUCCUUCACUACGUGGACUCUACCCUCCCAAGUCUAUUUCUCAGUUUGCUGAUAUUGUCGCGCUCUGUGUGCAGAUGGAACCAGAAUUCCGUCCGCCAAUGUCAGAGGUGGUGCAAUCAUUACUCCGGUUAGUCAAACGCCCGAGUUUAAGUAAUCGAGGGUUAGAUGACUAUGAAUAUUAACUAGUGCUCCUCCUCUAGUAACAUUUUUUUAGACGAGAUUGAGUGUACAAAAAUGUCCUCUUUUUCUUGACCUGUUUUCUUUUUAGUGAAUUGGAGUUUCCAAACAUUGGCUAUGUAAAGUUAUACAGCUUAUACUUGUGAAUGAAAUGAAUCUGUAAAGAAGUACUGCCUGAUAA